UGUUAGUCUCCGGUGUUUACAUUGAGCUGCGCCUGAGUUGGAAGUUAUAACAUAUUUGCUAUCAUCAUUUACCCUUUUUCUUCGUCAUAUUCCUCCGUAUCUCUCAGUCACACAGGGUAACACAUAUUCUGAUGAAGACACAUACGUUAUCACAGUAACAAGGUUCAACAUGGGGGACAACAGCCACUCGUGCCGGGGCUUUGAGACUCCAACUCUAGGAAGUGAUCUCUGGCCCAUGGGAUUUGACGUUGAUCUCGCCCUGGAUGGUCCUGGGGCUCGCAAGGGCCCUGGAGGCAGUCUAAGCUCUGGUGGACUUGGAAAUGGAGGAUUGAGCUCUCUUCAGUCGACUGGAAAUACGUCAGUCGGUGGAGGUUACAAUGAUAUUCACCAUCUCUCUGGCUUAUCCUCUAUCUUACAGAGGUUUGAUGAUCUUCAUGCUGGGGAUAUAUGCCAGAUGACAGAGCUGACCAACUCUCUACCUAAAGGAGAUAGUGAGACUGCUCAGAGUCUUUUGGCUAAGUUGGCUUGUCAAGAUUUAGGACCUGACUUGUCAUCUGGAGCAGAUCCAAGUCAUAAAGAAUUGGAAUCCUCUUUAUUUGACCAAGCUACAAAUGGUAUGGGUGAUGGUGCAGGAAACAACACUCAAGGUGUGGUGUUGUCCCACAAGACGCACUUGGAGUCAGCUGAUGUUUAUGGAAGAAUGACUUGUUAUGGUGGGAAACUUGUGCUCCAACUUAGGCACAUCAACUUGAACACUAACUAUACUUUAAAUGUGAGCGAAUGUUGGCUAUGUGGGGAGAAGGUAAAUGCAGGUUCACAGUUAUGUACCCAUAAACAUUCUUUAAAUGGAUUAUUUCAAGUUAAUGAUGAGUUUGUACAGAUGGAUAUAGACCAUUAUAUAAUUCCUGAGCAAGCACUAGACCCUCCAGAUGGUCAGGAUAUGACAGACACUGUACUCCAACACUCUGACUCUUCCGGUCUGCAUCAUGAUCUUAAUACCUCACGUGAUUUAGAGCUGCCAGAGAACCUUACUGGAGGUGGAGAUGGUCUGAACAUGGGUGCCGGUCAUGCACUACAUUAUACACCAGGUCCAGAUGCUGGACUGGUGCCUCCAUUGAGUUCUACUUCUAACCUCAUGAGUUCAACCAUCCCUGUUAACCACAAUUCAUGUUUGAACUCAUCAUUUGGACAGUUGCCUCUCCCAGCAAUGCCCAUCACAAGCAGUCAUACAGGCAUGAAUACUAAUAUACCUGGCAUGGUAACAGGGAAUGUGGCACAAGCAACAAUGUGCUCAGUAAGCACUCCAGUGUUUGGUUUAACUCACACUGACCCGUCAUCCACGAACACAAUGUUACCAACGGCUCCUAGUGAAAGAAAAGGAGUGAUGCAAAAUACCCAAGUUUCUUUGGCUAACACCUACCACAUUGGGAAUGGGUUGAAUAAUUUCAAUGUAAAUAAUCAGAUGGGUGGUGGAUCAAUUCAUAGUCAACCCACACAUCGAGAUAUUGCAGGUCGAAACAAACAACAUACCUUGCAAUACCCGCUGACUUUUUCAACCGGUGGGGAAUAUUCUUGCCAUGCAUCUACCAGUAUGGACACUAUACCUGAGAAACCUGCUGAGGUUCCUUGUUUAACACCUUUACACUCUGUGUCCACAAGCUUUAAUUCUCGGUUACAGAGAACAGAGGUAGCUCCCAGAAAAACUGAAAUUGGUGCAAAGAAAAGAAAAAGUAGAGCUCAGAGGAAGCCAAGUGUCAUCCAGAUGCGGGAUUACAAAACUGACACGCCUGAAAAUAGUCAUGGGAAGAUUGUUUGUGCCGAAUCCCUGGAAAACUUGCACGUGAAAAAUUAUAAUUUAGAGCGAAUGGAUGGUGUGAAUGUGAAGAAUGAAUCUGCUGAACACAUGCAGACAAGACCUGAUGCCAGUAUAGAAGACUGGAUUAAACACAACCUACCAGAAAGGGACUUAAUAGUAACUGAUAACAAAAUGAAGCAUGGUGAUGGUCAAAAGACAUCUUGUGAGUUUACUGAAAAAUUCCACAAACCACACAUUGACCACCAGAAGACCAGAGAGCCAGACCAGACUUCACGGUUAGCUGCCCACAUGCUCACUAAGGGACUGGAUCUCUCCUGUCGCUUGUGUCCUAAAGAUUUUGGAAGGGAUAUUAGGAAUUAUAAAAUACACAUGAAGGAACAUGGGCUAGAGGAAAUGGCAUUAUUUGCGUGUUCAUUUUGCACCAAGACAUUUGCCAAAGGGAAACACUACACACAACACCUCAAGACACACGUGAGAACAAGGCGCUUCUCCUGUAGAUUGUGUAAUGCAAAUUAUAGCCGGGAGGCCAAGUUACGCAGGCACAUGUUAAGCCACAGUCAAGAACACCAGGAAAAAGAACACAAGUGCUCCAAGUGUCCCAAAUCUUUCAGUACAAAAGAAUACCUUCAGGCUCACCUCAAGGUUCAUGGUGGGAAGAAAUACAAGUGUGAGACAUGUGGCUUCCUUUGUUCCUCAAUGUUUAAUUUAGAGACUCACAGGAAGAAACAUUUGGGUGAUAAACCAUUUAAGUGUGAACUGUGUGAGAAAACAUUUGUUAGGCGAGACUUCUUGGACAACCACAUGGAACAAGUUCAUAAGAAUAAAAAGAGCAAGUGUCAAGUGUGUGGUAAAUUAUUUUCGAGAAAAGAUGUCUUGAAAAGACAUCUUGCCGUUCAUAACAAUGAAACAUACGACUGUGAAAUAUGUGGAAAAAAGUUUUCUCGUAAGGACCGUCUUGCUACUCAUAGAAAAUCACAUAAGUUAAAUUGUGAUUAUAAAUGUUCUCUUUGUCCUGCAUCCUUCACGAGAAAAAAUGUUCUGGAUAAACAUGAAAAAGUCCACAAAACAAAGGAACAAUGUAAAGUCUGUUAUAAAUUCCUCCUCUCCAAACAGAGAUUAGAGAGUCAUAUGAAACUUCAUGCCAGAAACAGUUCAGGGAGUGGCUCAAAAGAUGAUGGUGAAGGGAUGCUCAAGUGUGACAUAUGUGAUAAGUCUCUAACAAGCAAAGAUAUCUUGAGAAAGCACAUGAGGAAAAUCCACGGUAAACUUCCUGAGGGCAAGAAGAAGGUAGAAGCUGUGGAGAGGGAGAAAAAAUUCGUCUGCCACUUUUGCUCCAAGGGAUUUACAAGGAGUUGUAACCUCAGCACCCAUCUCCUGAAGGCUCACAGCAAAGUCUUAGAAGAAGAUGAAUUUGAUGAUGAUCUUCCUUCUGUGCUUCAGUCACCAAAGUUGGGGAGUGUCAGCACAGGAGGAACCACUAUCAGUAACCCUUCCUCUUCAUCAAUGUCUACCUUCACCACACUUCCUUAUCAUGCCUUCUCAACAUCGUCAUCGACUCACAGUACGGUAACAACUUCAAGACUCUCGGGUGCAAACCAAAGUAUUAGAAACGCCUCUGGUAGUCUCCCGUUCCCCAUCACUGUGCCGGCCUCAUCACCAUCACCCACAGCAUCCCAUCCUCCUCCACCAUUGCAGUUGUCAGGUUCUCACUUCCCCUCAUCUGGGCCACCCGAUUCUCCCAUCAACUUGUCCACAGAAGCCAUCACCGCAGCAGCCUACCUCCUGGCUUACCCAUCAUAUCCAGGGCCUUAUUAAUACAGUAAUUAUAAUUAUCUAGUUAUGUUGACCUGUCCUUAAUAAUUAUCUAUUACUAUAUCCAAUAAUGUGUCAGAGUGAGGUGGUGUGGUAUGGGUGGUGUGUCAUGCAAGACUUCCUAUCUUUGCACAGUACAGUACUUGUAUACUGUAUAUCUUGGUCUUGUCAUCCCCCCAUUGUGUCUUUACACUUUGUUCACACUUUCUUGUGGCUCUUCUCUUCACAUCAGUUACUGUACAUAGACCAUUACUCUUUAUUCUGUUCUCAUACAUUCCAUUCCAUUUCUUUCUCACAGUACAGUAGCUCCCCAUCUCUGCUGCUGUUGCUACACUCCCCUGUCAGUGGUACUGUAUUGUAUAAUCAUUUUUCACUCCUCAUUUCAUGAGGGGUGAUAUAGCCUUAGUUGCUGAAUCCUCUUUCAAAAAUGUAAUAAUCGGUCAAUUCACUCCUCAUUCAUCAGUGUAUGCUAAGCCUUGUCAUCCAGCAGAUUCCACCACAUUUGUUAACCUUUAACCGGCAGCUUAUGAUUCUCUACUUCUCUUCUCUACAUAUACUUAAAAAUAGAAUGCAAGGAACAUGGAUGAUGGCUGCCAUUUAAGGGUUAAUGCAUACCUUUACAAUUCAACAUGUGCCACUUGUCUGCCUUUCAAAUACAGUAUACAUCUCAAAUACCUAUGGUAUGUAGUAAUACUAUUAAUACUGUAUUAUACCUAUGUAACUUAAAACACACUGUAUACCAAAGUCAGUGAACAAGGCCUGGUGAAUAUAAUGAUUUAUUUUCAGUGUUAUUCAAGAUAAAUUUACUGCCUGAUUAUCCUUGAAAUUCAAUUCAGAUGUUUAAUUUUGCAUGAGUACAGUGAUGUUGUUUUAACUCAUUGAGCUGUAAAUAUGUAAUAAUAUUUUCUUAGCCUUGUGUACAAAACAUAAUAAAGAUGUAUAAUUACCUUUCAAUCAUUCCAACAGCACUUCAAAGAAAGUGUCAUCUUCUGUGGCUUCUGUAGAUGCCAAUAGUUUGUCACUAACAUCUUGACCUUGGAAAAAAUCUCCGGUUGUUACCAUGGGACUCAGUUUGUAUCAGGGUGUCAAGGAGGAAGGGCACUCACCUCACUCCUGGGAAAAAUUUCAGUAUUGAACAAACACUAGGUACUGAUUGUUUUUUAUUUUCUAAUUACCUGUAUUGUUUUUGUGAAUGGUAAGUGUUCUACAACUUUAAUAAGGUAUAUUUUUUAACACCUGUAAUUCCCAAGCUCUUGUCUCGUUGGCAGAUCAGGAGAUGUAUCACUCACUGCUCAGAGAGUUGAUUAGGGGUCUGUGUGGUAAUUUUUAUGGAAAUUUCUCAUCGUAUUUAAACUACCGGGUAUUAAUAUGAAUGCAUGGUGCCCUAUUGUUGAGAGAUGUCCUUUUGUUAUAAACAUUAUAAUAACAGACUUAAGAUAAAAAGGGUACAGUAUAUCACUGAUUCAGGAGUGAGACAGACUCAGAAGUUGCCUGGUGACCAAUACAAGAAGAGUACUGUACUGUAUGUGUUAUGAUGUAUUGAGGAACAAUUAUAUCAUAAUACUUAUCUUGUUUUCCCUCUUACACAUUGAAGAUUAUGAUUUUCCUUAUAAUUGUGUUGGAGUCUUAUAAGCAGAGCAUAAUAUUUUGACAUUAAAUCUGCCUGUUUCUAUAGUUAAUACUCGUAUUUGCAUCAAAUAAUCAUGAAUAUUAUUAAUGGAUGUUGCUGUUAUGUGGAGAAAAACUUGGGGAAAAUAUGUGAAUGGUUAUGUUGGAUUGGGGAAUGUGAUCACCGCCGACUGUUACAACACACAACUUAUAAACUAAUUCUUAAUACUGUACUGUUUAUAACAUGGCUCAUUGAGUCAGCUUGUUGUCUGUCAACUUUCCUCUCAAGAUUGGAUCAAUCACUUCAGGUUGGGUAUGGAUGUAUUACCUGUACUGUAUUCUGAAUUUGUCUUGAUUGUGUUAUGAUUAAUUUUUUUUUUCAGCUAAACAUCUUAUUUUGUAUAACAACUUUAAAUUUGUCUGCUAAGUCAGGUUCACCUGUUGAUGGAUGUACAUUUCCAUGAGUCUUUGUUCACGGAAACAUAAUGCAGAAAAUAAAAUAAGUGGUCAGCUGAAAGUUUUGUGUUGGUCAUUCAGGUGGUAUUCAUAGAGCUGACUGACAGCUAAAUGUAGAUAUGGUUUAUCUGAGGUUAUUAGUCUUCUCUUUGGAGGAAUUCAGCAAACAAAUAA